UUUAGACCGUAAAUGCCCCAUCAUUUCAACUAAGCACAAGAGGGUUGAAAUUUUACUUAAACCUCCGGUCCCAAAUAUGUAUAUCACGUCUAAACAUUAACCAAUCCUUUCUAAUAAAAAGUUUUUCAUAGCACUAGAUGAGUCAAAUUGCAUUGCCACUCCACCAAUUCACAAACAUAUUAAAAACAUGCAUUACCAAAAGAGACCUUCUAACUGGUAAAUCUCUUCAAACUCUUUACCUCAAGUCCAUUUUCCCGCCAUCAACUUACCUUUCAAACCAUUUCAUCCUCCUCUACUCUAAAUGCGGCCGCCUUAACGCGGCCCGUAAGGCCUUUAACACCAUCCCAGACCCCAACGUGUUUUCCUUCAAUGCCAUCAUUGCUGCCUAUGCGAAAGAGUCGCAACCUCAUAUUGCGCACCAACUGUUUGAUCAAAUUGCCCAACCGGAUCUUGUUUCGUAUAAUACCCUUAUUUCUGCUUAUGCGGAAUGCGGGAAUGUGAUCCCUGCGUUGAGGCUGUUUGUGGAUAUGAGAGAUUUGGGGAUAGAUAUGGAUGGGUUUACUAUCUCUGCAGCGAUCACCGCGUGUUGUGGUGACAUUGCAUUGAUUCGUCAGGUGCAUUCGUUUGCGUUUAAGGGUGGGUUUGUUUCGUAUACUUCUGUGAAUAAUACUCUUGUUACGCAUUAUAGUAAGAAUGGAUGUUUGGAUGAAGCUAAGGAGGUUUUCUAUGGAAUGGAGGGUGUUAAAGAUGAGGUGUCCUGGAAUUCGAUGAUUGUGGCAUAUGGGCAGCAUAGACAAGGAGCAAAAGCAUUGGCAUUGUAUCAAGAAAUGAUUCGGUUGGGGUUUAAUGUGGAUAUGUUCACUCUUGCUAGUGUUUUAACUGCAUUUACUUGUUUGCAGGAUUUGCGUGGUGGGGUUCAGUUUCAUGCUUGCUUGAUAAAAACAGGGUUCCAUCAGAAUUCCCAUGUAGGUAGUGGACUAAUUGAUUUAUAUUCAAAAUGUUGUGGUGGGAUGGUAGAUUGUAGAAAAGUGUUUCAGGAAAUUUACGACCCGGAUUUGAUACUAUGGAACACAAUGAUUUCAGGGUAUUCACAGAAUGAGGACUAUUCUGAGGAUGCUAUCGUUUGUUUCAGACAGAUGCAACGCAUUGGUCAUCGUCCUGACGAUGGUAGCUUUGUUUGUGUGAUUAGUGCAUGCUCUGAUUUGUCAUCUCCAUUACAAGGAAAACAGAUUCACUCAUUGGUCCUUAAAUCUGACAUCCCUUACAAUCAAAUCUCUGUGAACAAUGCACUGAUUGCGAUGUACUCAAAAUGUGGAAAUCUGCAAGAUGCAAGACGAUUAUUUGAUAGGAUGCCAGAGCACAAUACUGUAUCUUUAAACUCAAUGAUUGCUGGUUAUGCACAGCAUGGAAUUGAACAGGAGUCGCUGAAUCUAUUUGAGAGGAUGCUCAAAACUGAUGUCUUCCCUACUAGAAUAACCUUUAUUUCUGUCCUCUCUGCUUGUGCCCACACAGGAAAAGUGGAAGAGGGGCGGAGGUAUUUUACGAUGAUGACUGAUAUAUUUCAUAUAGUGCCAGAUGCAGAACACUAUUCAUGCAUGAUUGACCUUUUGGGCCGAGCAGGAAAACUAAAGGAAGCAGAGAGUCUUGUUGAGUCAAUGCCAUUAAAUCCUGGUUCCAUUGGUUGGGGAGCAUUGCUCGGUGCCUGUAAAAAACAUGGAAAUUUAGAGCUAGCAGUAAGGGCUGCUAACCAAUGUGUUCAACUGGAACCUUCAAAUGCAGCUCCAUAUGUCAUGCUUGCAAAUAUGUAUGCUCAUGCUGGCAGAUGGGAUGAAGUUGCAUCAGUUAGAAAACUUAUGAGGGAUAAUGGUGUGAAGAAGAAACCAGGUUGUAGUUGGAUUGAAAUGAACAAAAAGGUGCAUGUAUUUGUGGCCGAAGAUAAUUCACAUCCAAUGAUAAAGGAUAUAUAUUUGUUCUGGGAGAAGAUGUCAGACAGAAUGAAACAAGCGGGUUAUGUACCAGAUAUGAGAUGGACUUUAGUGAAGGAUCAUGGAAAUAUGGAUGACGAAAAGGAGAUGAGGCUGAGGCAUCAUAGCGAGAAGCUAGCAGUAGCUUUUGGACUACUAUCAACUAAGAAUGGAGAACCUAUACUUGUUAUUAAGAACCUGAGAAUAUGUAUAGAUUGUCACAAUGUGAUCAAACUGAUAUCUUCUAUAACAGGGAGAGAGAUUACUGUUAGGGAUACACACAGGUUUCAUUCCUUCAGGGGCGGGGAGUGUUCCUGUGGGGAUUUCUGGUAAUACCCUGUUGACUUGUUUAAUUUCUUCCCACAGAAUACAGGACAUAUAUUGAUGAAACCUAAUUGGCAAUACAUAAAAAGGUCUCCGAACAUACGUGAUUUUCAAA